AUUAAUUGUUUCAUGAUAACGGCACUGGCAGUGGAUAGAUACGCCAUCGUCGCACAUCCCCAGGCUCUGCAUAACAGGAGAACUGUAAAGAACGCCCUCAUCGGCUGUGGCAUCGUCUGGGCUGUUGGAUUGCUGUCAUCGUGUGUGGUUAUUCCCAUCGACCUGUUCACCACUCUGGAAACGUUGUACUGCAUCAAUAUCAUCUUGUUCAUUUUCACCUUUGCCAUACCCUUCAUCAUCAUAAUAGUGUGUUUCGGGUUAACCAUCGGGGCUGCUGCAACGAAGCAAAACACGUCGACUCUGUCCCUAACCAGUCGGCGAAGAAUUGCACGCAAAACACGUUUCUUGGCGCUGAUCGGAGGAGUGUCGCUAUCUUUCUUCAUCAGUUGGGGCUAUUGGCAUGGCUACUACUUAGCGAUAUGGCCGCAUGUCCUCAAAGGAGACUUCUAUCACCGUAACGUGGUGCUUCACAUCUCCCUAAACAUGUUAACUGAUGUCCUAGUCCUCUUCAACGCGGCGCUCAAUCCAAUUCUCUACGUUCUCAAUCAACCUCACAUGAAGCGCCAUCUUGCUAGUCUGUUUCCUUGCGGACGUAAAAGUACACAACACGCGGCGGCUGAAAUGAACAAUGGACGAUCUGAUGGAACAACAGAAAGUGUGUCCGUUAGUACGCCAAACGAUGGUGGUGUCGCUUUCAAUGUUGCCGAAGAAUCCCUGGCGGACACUGUUCCAAAAUCUACGUUUGGUAUGUAGGAAUGCAAUAUGGUAGACAUAAUUAAGGUCCACGUCUCCAACAUCUUCAACAGCAUCAUCGAAUGACUAAUAUUUUCGUUUCAAACGAUUGGACUGACAGGCCCCAGGAAAGUGGAAAACAUAUUGGGGGAGAGGGACUUGGGGCGCUUGCCCCUUAUCCCUCUCAUUUUUCACGACAAAGAAAAAUAAUAGAUUGUUAUGAAAGAAAAGGAUAAGAGAGAAGGGUGAAAUAUGAUAUUAUUUUCUGGAUAUUAUGUCAUAAUCUAUUGCAGAAUUAUAUGUUUUUGACAUUGUUAAA